CCCGGGCGGCGGGGCCGACGGCAGGUGAGUCCGGGGGCCGUCCCCGGGCCCGAGGGGGAGACGUCCGAGCGGCCCCGGGGACGAGCCGGAAGAGCUCGGGGCUCGCGGCCGGGCGAGCCCCGGUGAGCGCCUCCGCCUCUCUGCAGGGCCCGCGGGCUCCCGGGGAGCCGGAGCCCGGCGCUGCCCCCCGAGGACGGCGGCUCCCCGCUGGCGACCAUGGCGGCCCGCGGCCGCCUCCUCUGCCGCCAGGUGCUCGGCGGGGCCGGGAGCCGCCGGCUGAGGGCGGCCGGGGCGAGCGAGGCACGGCGGCCGGAGCGCCGGUAGAGCGAUGCAGACAGCCAUUGUGAUCACCGAGCAGCCGGUCUCUGUCUCCGUUCCUGUUGGGUACUCCUUCACUCUGCACUGCAGAGCCGAGGCCCACACCUCACUGCAGUACCAGUGGUUUUGUCAGUGCCAGUCUGUCCGCUACCAGAUUCCUGGUGCCACCAAGCAAGACUUGCCCAUCACUGCACAGCAGACCCAACUCUACACUUGCAGAAUUAACGACCUCUACAGAAAUGUGAUCUUCUCUGACUGGGUGAAGGUGGAGGUUCAUCCACGCGUUGCCGGAGGACUGCUCCCUCAGCUCUGGCAAGGAGAACCAGUCAUCAUCCUCAACCCCACUGAGCAGAAGGUGGAAGUUGGGAAACCACUACAGCUGCAGUGUGCUGCCGUUGGGGUCCCAGCCCCCAGCUACCAGUGGUACCGAAACGGGAACCUGCUGGAACACCAGAAGAAAAAAAAACUCUGGGUAACAUUACCUCGGGAUGGUUCAGAAACUUUGGCUACUGAGAUCAGCCACACCAAAGUCAGCGACUCUGGCACGUAUCUCUGCUGUGCUUCCAACAGCCAUGGAGAGCACUGGACCAACGCAGUGGACAUUCGCAUAGACACCUGUCGCUCUGGGAAGUUAUUUGCUACAGGCAAGCUAGCCCUUUUAGUGGGCAACAACCAUUACCAGCAUCAUCCAAACCUGAUGGCUCCCGUCACGGAUGUGUUUGAGCUGAGUCUUCUUCUGAAGCAGCUGGGCUUCCAAGUUGUCUCUCUCCUGGACCUGAACAAGGCUGAGAUGGUGGCAGCAGUCAGUCGGUUCCUACAGCUCCUGGAGAAAGGAGUCUAUGCUAUAUUCUACUAUGCCGGGCACGGGUAUGAACACCUGGGGAGGAACUACAUGGUCCCUGUUGAUGCUCCACAAUUGUACGCCCCUGAGAACUGCAUCAGCGUGCAGAGGAUCCUUCAGAAGAUGCAGCAGCAGCAGACGGCCCUGAACCUGAUCCUGCUGGACACCUGCAGGAAAUGGUACAACCCAGAGUGUGCCCUCUCCCAGGUACAGCCGCUGGAGCCCUGGGGCAAUACUGUUUAUGGCUAUGCCACGAGUGAAGAUGCAGAAGCCUAUGAGUUGCAGGAUGGGCAGUUCAGCUCUGGGAUCUUCAUGAAAUAUUUGAAGAAACAUAUUUUGCAGGAGAAGAAAGUUACACACAUGCUGGAGGAUGUAUUAGAAGACCUUGGCCGGGAUCCCGUGGUCACUGGGAAGCAGGUGAUGGAGAUCAAGCACACUCUGAAGGAAGCCCGUUCCCUGACGGACCCCAUCUGCCCCACAGGAGCAGCCACAGAGCGCUGGGGAUGCGGCCACGAGCCUCCAAGCGAAACAGUGACGUUCCCCUGUGGGGUGCAGGCAGAGCUUCGCUUCCACCGGCUGUUCUCCAACGUGCUGUCUGUCUGCGCCAGGCUGCAGCACCUCCCGGCCCUCCUCACUGAUGCGCAGCUCAUGCUCCGCCAGCCCACUGAAGUGGACGAUGUUGCCAAUCUGGAAGAGAGCCACCCAGACCAAAUGGAUUCUCUGCUCACCUCUGUUUACAAGCAUGAGGAGCUGGACUGCGUCUUCCAACUCUGUGGACUACAGAAAAUUCAGACGGAUGUGGUCCUGCAGUUGGAUUUGCAUUACACCCAGCUGAGCACAAAGCAGAGGACUUGUGAAAGCCUGCAGAAAAUCCUCCCGAAAUUGCUGCUGGGGCAGUUUUUCACCCAAAGGAACUACACCCGGCCCAGCUAUGACAGCGCUCCAGCCCGGGCAGACCCCAGUGGGGCCCUGAGGACAGGCACUGGCCGCAGCUUGCCCAGCAGCAGCCCCUCCAAGUCCAGCAGUGAGCCGGAGGAGAAUGAUGAGCGCAGCAUGAGCGAGCUCUGCUCAGCCCUGCUGCAGGCUGGCCCAGGGCAGGAGCACCCCUGACUCCAGGAGCUGGCAUGCACAGCCUUCAGAUGUUAACGCAGCAGAACUGAGCUGCUUUCCAGGCUUAACGAUCACCCUGUCAAAAUGAAAUUUCUGCAGACAUCACCAAGGCGUCGUUGUCACGUCUGGCAGAGGACCUGGCCUCUCGACAAGUCAUAGUGUUGGCAGAUGGCACCCACCAGUGCUUAUAGUCAAGGGCACAGGCUGACACUUUCUGCAAAUUAGGGUUUGCUAAGCGAGUGCCUGAAAGCGGGAUUUGCGGCAUUAACUGUGUUGAGAAACCCACAAACACUACAGUCCUGCAGUGCCGCACAGGCAGCAUCUCAAAACCUACCACUGCUGAUUGUUACCACUUCUGCAAGGGAUGCAAGGAGUGACCAAGGGACCCAGAUCAGACUGGGUCAGUGUGUAAGCUUUCCCCUGGGGUUGCACGAGAGCUUGCAAGUCCUGCCUGUGUCAAAGCAGGUUUUAAAUUAUGUGUUUAUGUAUUUCUACUGAAUGUAUUUAUACUCGGGGCAAGAAAAUUGCUUGCUCGUAAAAGCAAGCAUGCCCCUUCUAGUCUGUUACAUGGGGGCAUAAGAUGGAGUUAGAUCCUGUGUGGUCUUGAGUUCCUCUGACACAGAAUCCCCUAUGUGUAGGGGAUGGAAAAGACCGGGGUGGAGAAGGAAAAACCUCAAAAAAAGUCAUUAUUAGUGCAACUAUUUUUUCCAGAGUGCCUGCCUCAAUGUGCAUUCACUGCAGGCAACUCCAAGCACUGCCUUCUGUAGAGAACCUGCCGUCCUGGGAGAGCCGUGGGUGAGGAGGGCCAGCCUGAGCAGCCGCAGUCCCCUCCCUGCCUGCCCCUCUGAUUGUUGUUGAGUAAUGGUUUCGGCAGAGCACUGCAGGGGAGGGCAGUCCUACAGUGUAAAGGAGGCCAGUGACCCCUCUGAGGUGUGGGAUCUCCAUCCUACGUCUUGGAGGUCAAAGACUCCUUGAGAAGUCAAGGUGAUGGGGUGGGGAAAGUUCCUGAGCUCUAAAAGAGGGAUGGAGUGAAUAUUUUGUAAGUUUUGGUUCUCCUGCAGCAGUGUGUCUGUCCACAGUGGGAACUGUCUAUUGCAGCAUGGAAAAGUAUGAACUGCUCCUUCCAGAUAAACCAUCCUACAAAUGCUGGAAGCCAGUCCAAAGAGAACAGAGGAGGCUUUUAUUCUUGGAGUGAGUAGAGCCAGGAGAAAGAAGAGAGGCCCCAUCUGGCUGAAGUUGAGAAAGUCUCCUAGGAAAAAAUGUAAAGCUCAAAAAAAAAAAAAAGUACAUGAUGUAGUUUGAAUUAGAUGGACUGAUAGGGAAACCAAACCAGAAAAUAAUAAACUGAUUGAAGGGAGAACCAAAGAUUAAGUCAACACCAGCAGAAACUUAAGACAGGUCAGUAGGAAUUGUUUGCAGGCAUUUGGGAGGGAUUGUGCACACCCUUCUGUACCAGCGGGGCAAAACACGUCCCUGGCUCUUAUAGCAAGUGAGGAGUCAUCUCCUGCAAUUAAUAAUCUAGUUCAUAACAAGACUGUAUUUUUUCUAAAUAAAACACUACUGGUGUUUUUGGUGCAUAGUUUCAUGUGGCUCUAAGUUAAUAGUUUUUGUUUCUUCCCCUAAUUGCCGGAGUGAUUUAAUAUUAUUCUAAUGUUCUUUAUGCUUUGAACUCUAGCUUCUGGGCUUCUACGUCUGAGGAUUGUUUCUUUUAAGCGACCCUAUACUGAAGUGUGGAUUUAGAAGAUGGAUCAGAUGACGUUAAUUAGGCUGAAAUGAUGUCUGAUGAAAUGUAGAUAAAAUAAUGCCAGCAUUCAUUGUCAACUAUCCAUCUCCUCUGCAAAGGGUGGCCCUGGGGUGGCUUAGGAGGUCUCCUUCCUGUUCCCAACUGCCAAAUAGGACCUGUCCUCUCAGCAGCAUUUCUGCAUUUCCCAGGAGACCCAAACCCAGCCCUACCACCACAUUUCCAUGUACCUCAGUUUCUUAUGUUUCUGCUGACAUUGCAAAGCUGAAUUGCAAAAAGCCUGCUGCCCUGGCACCAGUUCUGCUAGAAGUCUGCCUCUGCAACCUGAAGAUCCUUCCAGUCUACCUCUUUUUGUCUACACCGGGAGCUGAGUUUUGUUGGUUUCUUCUUCAGGUCUGCCAGCACUUUGCUCUUGCCUCAAAGAAGUACUACAUCUGUUUGCCCAGAUACUAAGGCUUGAUGGUGACUCCUGCUUGGGCCUGGAUUCAUUGUAGGAGGGGAUAAAGGUGUUCAUGCCUUCAUUGCCCUACCUCACAUAGGAAAUCCUGUGGUGGGAUAAAUGUUAAGUGCAGGUAAUGUUCCCUUGAAUUGGUGUUUCUGUCACCCAGAACAGAAUGGGCAACUUAUCCAAGAUCAUUGUGCUUUUCUUGGCUAUGCAUGUCUGGUCUUCAGCAAUGGACCUGGGCUCUCCCAGGAGGGGAGAGGAAGGAAGGAGCACUCAUCUCCAUGAAUGCACUUUCAGACACUGCUCGUGGUAUGGCUGUGGCAGAGUAGUGGAUGAUACCUCCGAGCUUAGAAACCUGGAAAUUUGAUGUUAUCCCACUGCAUUUGUUCACGGAGUCAAAGCCUGCACAGAUCCAAUGGCUACACAGUGCAGGUAGGCGUGUGUUAUUUUAUGCUACUUCUAAGAAAAUCACCCCAAUAGAUUGAUCCUUCCAGAAGGACUCAAAACCCAUUGAAGGCUGAGGCUCCUUCAUUAGCUGCACAGCUGCAGGCAAGGUGGGACUACAAAAACUCAGCUACAGUUAACUUUGGAUGUCAGGGGGAAAUUCUUUACAGAGAGAGUGGUGAGGUGCUGGAACAGCUGCCCAGAGAGGCUGUGAUGCCCCGUCCAUCCCUGGAGGUGUUCAAGGCCAGGUUGGACGGGGCCCUGGGCAGCCUGGGCUGGUGUUAAAUGUGGACGUUGGUGGCCCUGUGUGUGGCAGGGGGGUGGAGAUUUGUGAUCCUUGAGGUCCCUUCCAACCCUGGCCGUUCUAUGAUUCUGUGAUAACUUCCCUGUCUUUGACAAGCACCAAGUUAACUGAAGCUUUAAACUUUAAUCUGAUGAAAAUAGUAAUAUCUAAAUGUUUGGUAUUUUGGGUUCAAUCUUCACUUUUUUAUUUCCUCUCUGCUAAUGGAAAACCGUUAAGAGGAAGGUUUGUGCUCAGCUUAUUCUGCAGUGUCUGGGAGUAAUGCUCUGCUCUUUGGCUGCUGCUGGGCAGUUUGUGGCAAAGCGAGGAAACGCACCCAAACUGGCAGUGCAAGUUAAGGGAAAUGCCACUGUGUCUGUUUUAUUUAGUGGCUGGAAAAUCAUGGGCCCGGUGUGCAGCUGGGAAUUGUGCUAUAUGUAGGCUGGCAUAUAUAUCUAAACCUGGCACACUUCCAUUGGCAGUAGAUUCUUCAAGAUUUGGUCUCAGUUGUUAACUAACUUUCAACUGUCGAGCUGACAAGCUGAAACUCUCCAUGCCUCCUGCCAAUCUCGUGCUACUUUCUGGCCUUUCCUACCAUAGCCGUGUUUGAAACGCCAUUCUGACAGACCACCUCUGCUGCCCCGUGUCACACAGCAGCAAUAUGUUACGGUUACUGGUGCAAAGGUUCACCCUCUACUGCUGCAGCAUCAACAUGCACCUCUGACAUUGUGGGCUGACAUCACAAAACAGGAGACAUUACUUUUGGAGCAACCCUCAUAAGAUACAUAAAAUAAAAAGAAAACAGGGACAUUGCUUCAGCUCAACUGGUUUUAAACUUUUGUACAGAUUCACGCCUCCCCAAGAAGCAGAUUGUUCAGUAAUGAAGCCAGGAGAAUGGAUUUAAAGCAAAGGAGUGAGUGAGGUCAUCCAUUAUGAAGGCAAUAAACAUAAGAUUGCUCAAAUUAAAAGGGUCAAGCUGCAUUCCAUCAAGUUCCCCUUCUGCAGACUGCCUGGGUAGCUCUUUGGAAAGCAAAGGCAGGAGCAGGUGUGGUGGUGUGGUGAAGCCUGCAGGCUCAGGCUUUGUUAAGCUGAGAAAAUGACUGACAGCGCAGCCUCUUUGUACGGUUGCAGAGUUCUCUCUUCUUUCAGAGAUGAUUUCAGUGACUGCUUUGCUGUUGUUACUAAUCACUUGAAAUUGGGCCCAUGACAUCAUGUAGCAUUGAAGAGAACAUAUCGCCAAACAAAUGAGACUCCUUGAAAUGCUUGAAGUUGCUUCUUAUCUUCACAGUUUGGAUAACCUUUUGCAUAAUAAUCAACAGCUUCAAAUGUCUUGGUCAUAUCACCUCCUCGAAGAGAUGGAAGGCACUCUUUGAAAUUGCAGACCAGACUGCAUAUACACAAGAAGCGCUGAUGCGGUGUCACGCAGCAACGAUGAGCAAAUGUCUCUUUGAUAAAGCUGUCUUCGCCAAGUUGGAUUUUCUUGCCACAGUGUCAGGAAUGGUUGAUGAGACAGACGUGUUAUUAAGUGGUAGAAAUAAACAGAUGGAAGAAGCAAGUGAGAGAUUUCAGCGAUGACUUUCCAGAAUGUUUCAGCAAAGAAUGACCCAAUUUCUAUUCUUUAAUGGAGAUAAAAAACACGAGGUACUUAUGAAAGUAGUUGUAGACCUCAUAUAUGAGUAUGCCUGGCACCCACUGCAGUGACUUUGCUGGAAGGCUCAGCCGGGGAGCAAAGGGGUCCUGCCAGGUACAGCUGCAAGUCUGAUCAAUCCCAACCUGACCACAACCAAGGGACUGAGUGUUAAUAGACAUGUAGAAGGUGUUCUGGUCCAGGCUUGCUGCUCCUCUGGGUGCUGUGCCAUGCUAGUGGGAUGUUGACACGUGUGCUGGCUGCCUUGUUUCCCACUGGGUGUCACCACCUAAUUUCGAGCCUCCUGACUCUUUUCUUGCUUGUUUAUGCCUGUCCACAGCAUCUCUUCUCCAUAGUAUUCCAUUUUGUCUCUUCCCACCACGGGGGACAUGGAAGUUAGACUGGUGCCCAUCAGCAUCUGCCCUCCAAUGGGAGGAUGGAUGACCACAGGCAGGCUGAAGCUAUUUCCUCCCUUUGGACUGCAGAUGUUGGAGCAUUGUCUCCUGCAGAGACGUGGCACUGUCACAGCACUAAGUAGCAGCGUGGUGAGCACGGAGGAGCCUGCCUUUGGAUGUGGGUCCCUACGGCUGGGCUUGAGAGAAAUCCUUUUUUCUGUGAGGAUUUCUGCAGAGAAGAGCAGCUGUGCUCUGACCUGGACAGCACACUGCUGGAAAAGCAGAGGGCAGUUUCUGCCAUGCAGCUGUCUCCUGCCUGCCUGUCGC